UGUAGAUGGAAAAAUAAAAAAGACCAUUAUAUUGGGGGGGGUUGUUCAAGGCUUGGAAUAUAGUUAAUAGCCUGGGUGAAAGUUCAAUACAUUGUGGGAACACAUUUCCACUGAAAUCAACAAAGGACUUUUUGUCAGCUCUGAAACAGGACAGGAAAAGGAGAAUAUUUCUGCUUUAAAUUCAAAUGGAACCCAAGUCUGGGUUUGGCCUGUGUGCCCUGUUUAUUCCAUGAAUCCAUCUUCUUUCCCCUUUCCCAUCAUUAUCAGGCUGGAGCAGGGAAGAAAGGAGGCAGCAUUUGAUGAGUGGGGCAGGUGCAUUUGCACAGAGCCUCAUGAAUAGCAGCUUCCCAUUAGAUUCAGAGACGCGCAUAAAUAAUAGCGCCUCUAAAAAGUGCACCUAAGGGCCUCCCCUCCUCCUCUUCCUUCUCCUUGUCCUCUCCAUUUCUCUUUUUACUUUCUGGAGCCCCUCUAGGCAUAAGAGAGAGGCGUCUCUUCUUACUUCAGACACCUUGUUUCACUUUGGGAGGAUGAGAUCACCAAACGACAGCAGUCUGGGAUGUUUGCGCUCUUGCGUCCCACAUUAGUAAUCCUGCCCCCUGCAGAACAAAUCCGUUGGACUGGUGCCUUCCUCGCAACACACAAGAGGCAUCGACUCAAGCCUGCAUCACAGCUUUUUAUUAUUGCAGAGAAAAAAAAAGGGGGAGAAAAAGAAGAGCGCAACAUCGUUUGGCAUGUUUUUGCGCGCAAGUUUGAAGCCGGGCGCGUCGGGACAGCCGGGAUGGAGAGGCUGGAGGCUGCUGGUUUGGGUCGCCGCUGCCAGUUUGGUGCUGAUUGACGGACGGAGGGUGAAGCAGCCCAGAUGCCCCGCUGGAUGCACUUGCACCAAGGAUAAUGCCCUGUGCGAGGAUGUACGCUCCGUGCCGCACGCCUUCCCCUCCGACGUGCUGUCUCUGUCUUUUGUCAAGUCAGGAUUCAGUGAAAUCACCGGGGGGAGCUUUGUGCACACUCCCCACCUGCAACUCCUAUUAUUCACAGCAAACACGUUUGAUAUUAUAGACGAGGAUGCGUUUGCUGGUUUACCUCACCUGGAGUAUCUAUUCAUUGAAAACAACAGAAUCGCAUCAAUAUCCCCAAAUGCUUUCCGUGGCUUGAAGGCAUUGAUACACCUGAGUCUGGCUUACAACAACCUGGACACACUGCCCAGAGAUGUAUUCAAAGGCAUGGAUGCUUUGAACAAAGUAGAUCUGCGAGGCAAUAAUCUGAUUUGUGACUGCAAGCUGAAGUGGUUGGUGGAGUGGAUGCAUCAGACCAACGCCACCCUGGACCAGAUCCACUGCAGCGGCCCCCCCAAUUACCAAGGGAGGAAGAUCAACGACCUGCUACCACACUCUUUUGACUGCAUUACAACAGAGUUUGCUUCCUAUCAGCCACUGAAGUUUGAGUCGAUUUCGGUGGAGGCGUUCACCUUUGUCAACGAGCAGUAUGUCGUGUUUGCUCAACCUUUUGCUGGGACAUGCAGCUUCCUGGAAUGGGAUCAUGUCGAGAUGACCUUCAGAACUUAUGACACCAUCGAAAGUACCUCCACUGUCGUCUGCAAGCCCAUGGUGAUUGACCACCACCUCUUUGUCAUUGUGGCUCAGCUGUUCGGGGGCUCUCACAUUUAUAAGCGCGACUCCUCUGCCAACAAGUUCAUUAAGAUCCAGGACAUCGAUAUCCUCAAGAUUCGCAAGCCCAAUGACAUUGAGACAUUCAUGAUUAACGGGGAGUCGUUCUUCGUCAUCGCUGACAGCUCUAAGGCUGGCUCCACAACUGUGUACAAAUGGAAUGGCAACGGCUUCUACACCCAUCAGUCGCUCCACCCCUGGUACAGGGACACAGACGUAGAAUAUUUGGAGAUUUCAAACAAGCCCCACCUGAUUUUGUCCAGCAGCUCCCAGAGGCCUGUGGUGUACCAGUGGAACAGGAGCCAGAAAAAGUUUGACAGAAGAACCGACAUACCAGAUAUGGAGGAUGUCUUCUCUGUCAAGCAUUUUUGGGUAAAAGGUGAUCUGUUCAUAUGCCUGACAAGAUUCAUCGGGGACUCCAGGGUGAUGCGCUGGGACGGUGCCAUGUUCAGAGAGGUUCAAACAUUUCCCUCCCGUGGCUCUAUGGUCUUCCAGCCCGUCUCCGUCAGCAACUGGCAGUAUGCCAUCCUGGGAAGCGAUUACUCACUGACGCAGGUCUACCAAUGGGACACCAAGAGGGGCCAGUUCAUUCCAUCCCAGGAGCUGAAUAUCCAAGCUCCCCGGUCAUUUUCUGUGGUUUCAGUUGACGAUAGAGUUUUCCUGCUUGCAUCCAGCUUCAAGGGGAAAAGUCAGAUAUUUGAGCACCAUGAAAUUGACCUGAGCGAUUGAAUCCAAUAUUUGAAAGUGAGAAAAAGGCUUUCAAUUGUGUGCAAGAUCCAUUCAAAACAUUUUCUAAAAAAAGAACAAAAACAACAACAUUUUAAGUGAAAUUUUAGUCAUUUUAGGAGGGAUUUAACACACAUGGCCUGGACCAUGAUUUGACAUUAGACAUAGUAGUAGUUUUGAUUGUAAAGAUCAGUUUUUUGUUGUUUUUUUAUAAAAUGUGAUUUUGACCUCCCUGUCUCUUCUAAAAAAGCAUUAUCCUUCCAACAUAAAUUACCUUCUUGCAUUUUCUUUGAGGAAAUAAAUGCCAUAAAGUCACUUUCAUCUGGUACUACAAAAAAAAUGUGAAUCAUCUGCUCACAUGUUUACUGUAGAAACAGCCUAGAGGUUUGAGAGUAUUGAUGGUCGUUUAGAGCUUGACGAAGAAGUGAAAUAUCUAUAAGAAGAAAUGAGGGACGAACCUCCAAAAGUCUUUGAAGAAAGCUAGAUUCAUUAGCAACCAAUCGGUGCAACAACAGCUUUGGUCUGACCUCAGACACUUUCAGAGAAAUCCAAUUGUUGAAGUCUUAGAGACCAAGGUAAAGAACACAACCUUUCCAUUUUUUUUUCACCCUCUCGAGGAUACUAAGUGUUACUGAUAUUUGACAACAUAUAAUUAACAUACUUCUACAAACCAUUUUUGUUCAGAUCACUCUGAAUAGCACUGACUCAUGGCCUUGGUUGGAUAACCCACAAAGAGCAGGUGUUCUGCUUCAUUACUGUCCUAACAUUUCCAAUCGGCUUGAUACACUCGAUCCAAAUAAUCAAUGGUGGAUAAUGUCAAGAAUCAGAGGACUGGUAUUUGCCUUCUUCUGUAACAUACCCAGUGGAUAAAACCCAAUAUACCCUUCAUGGGGUAAAAUGUUUAUACAAAUUUUAGGUACUUGUGUAACGGCACUCCACCAAUGACGAUAACGUCUAGCUAUUUGUGCAUUAGUGUCUGCCACUAUGCGGCUUAUGGUGAAGGAUAAUAUGUACUUCCCUAAAGAUUGCUUUUAAAUUUUGAGGAAGUCUCACAUUGUUAACGGAAAUGUAAUCACAAACUGUCAGACAAGAUGUCAACUUCCUUUGGCUGUACUUCUUAUUCGUUGAAUUUCAUCGUGUGCUGUUGUGCCACUUAGGUGUCAGUUGGCUGUGUAUGUUAUUCCUGCUUGUUACUGCUGACUCACAGGCAUUUAUUUAAUUCUUACACAGGGAUAAAAGUUCUCUAGUUAUCUGUAAAAAUUAUUGUUUUUUAAUAAAUGGACAAUCUUGCAAAUGUGCAAAAAUCUCUUUCCCCUUUUUAGAAAUGCGCCUAUGACAUGCUAACACACCAACUAAAAGGGAUUACAUCUUUACUUUGGCAAUUAGUGUGCUGUAGCUGUGGUCUUUAACAAGUAUUUUUCCACGUACAAAACUGUGAAAACAGUCCAAAAAUACACUGUGAGAAAAUUGCAAACAACCGACUGCCUGUGCGGUGGAUACACUCACAGAGUUGUAAUGAAUAACUCGCCAGAAGCAUCCCACUGGAUCAUCCAGCUUUCUCUCCACUUCUCCUUUUUCUCCCUCUCUGAAAAAAACCAUUGUUGUUGUUUUUUUUUCUACUCCACAACUAAAAGCUGGCCACUGUGCAGCAAAUGCUACCUGUCCUUUCACACACUCCUCUCUUUCAGAAACAUAACAAGCUGAAUAUUGUUGACAGUGUCCCUCGAAAAAAAAUAUUGCCAAAUAGUAUUGACAUGUUUACAGUACCGUGUAAAGUAAUUUAUAUAAUCUUUGUACGUAGAUAACACACUGUAAUUUUGAUAGCCUGUAGAAUCAAGUCUGAUAUGUUUAACCUUCUUGUACAAAUUCAUGUGUGUCUAAUCUAGAGGAUAUUAUUUUUCUGUUGUCUUACUCAUUGUAUUUUAUAUUUAGUAGUAAUAAAAACUGAAAUGGAAAACAA